AUGUGCUCCAGCCGCAAGAUCCUGUGGAGUCUGCUCCUGCUCUCUUUGGUGGAAGUGGGCCUGGGUGUGGCGAGCAUCGUCUUGGGAGCAGUGGGCAUCAUCUGGGUGCGUGGGGAGCACCCGCCUCAGCAGGGCGACGCUUCUCCGGUGUGGAGUGGACUCUGUUUUCUGCUUUGUGGGAUGUGCGGAGUGCUGUGUGCUUGGAAGAGGACAGGUCUUAUUAUGAUCCUCUUCUCAGCUUGCUGCAUCUGUGGCCUGAUCGCCGGGAUUCUCAACUUCCAGUUUGUUCGGGCGCUGAACAAACGGCCAAACUCAUUGCAAUCGAUCCACCUGGCUGCCAUGACACUGGCUUGUCUGGGGAUCUCAACCUGUACCUUAUCCACAUGGCUUACCUGUCGACUGGCCAGCUCUGAGCAGCAGAGGAUGUUCAUGGAGAGGGAGCACUCGCUGCACCAUUCUCAUGAGAUGACCGAGAAGGAGGUCCUUGACAACUCCAGUAAUGGCAUUCCUCAGGUCUCCUACAACGGACACACUUCAGCGUCACCUUGACGAGUUCACACACACCAAAGCAAAGACGGUUACAGCAAUGUUAUCUGUGGGACAGAGGGUUCAGCUUGCGGCUCACUCAACAUAUCCCACUGUCCUGUCCUGAAUGCACAAAGUGGACCAG